CGUUCAUUUCUCCUCUCUUCUCCUUUUCUCCAAUUUGCGAAUUGCCCUGUUUUCUGUUAGUUUGCAGUACUUGUCUUAUAUCUCCUCGAACCAGGCUUACCGACCAGCGCUUUAUUCUGGUUGAACGGGAACGAAAUAGCCGUAGAACCCAGACACAAGCACCUAUUCGGUUUAUAUUUCAUACUCUUCGUGGCAGCAAUAUCAAUGUCGCAGUCGACCGACCUGCCAAAUGAGGACCGUCCUCUGGCGCGACUCCUCCCGCAGAGCUCAGCUCCAGUAUCAGCCAUAGAUGCUCGGGGGAUUCAGCAGCAGACGCAGUACCCUUUGCCGCC